AUGAGUCUCAGAAAUCCACCUUUUUCUGAUAGGCUCCGGGCUCUCAUGGCUAAGCGUCACCUACUCCCACCAACCGAUGCAGAGCUUUGUCUGGCUGUUCAUAUCGGCCAAUUAGCAGUGUCCGGUGCCAGUGGUAAUGGUGUUGGUGACUGGGGCCCCCACCUUAUUGUCUGCCCGGGAGUCCUCUUGUCUGCCUGGCGUGCCCGUCUCGCUGCUGUGUGCCCAGGCCUCCGCGUCCACUGCGUGCUGGCCCACUCGCGUGGAGGCACUGGGCGACGUUUAAAGUUGAGUAUUGCUCGCCGAAAUGUCCACAUUUGUCUGACAAGCUAUGCGGCGCUGAAGUUACGACCGUCUAGGUUUGAGGGUGUGCAAUGGCAUUUAGUCAUCCUGGAUCAGGUAAGCUUCCAUUACUCAGCACUUAAUAAUUUCUAUUUAAUCUACAGACUUUUCAUUAACGCCUGGUCUGAUGUUAUUUUGCAUUUUGGCCUCAACUCAAAUAGUGUUCCCGACCGUGGCUCUGCUAUCUUAUCACUGAGAGUCAAAUUAGUUGGUCUAUCCUCCCGCUCUUCCGUUGUCCUUCUUUGGAUUUCGGUGCCAUUAGUUCAUCCGUCAGCCAGCUAUUUUGCAUCAGAGGUCGCCUUUAUUGACUUUAUUUAA